UGCCCCCACGGCCUCAUCCAGGACGGCGACGAACUCGUCGUCUUCCGCGGCAUCGACCCGGACGACUUCGCGGACAAGGACUACGACCUGUACCGCGACGACGCGCGCGAGCUCGUACACUCCAUCCAGGAGAAGUGCGUCGAGUACGACCCGGAACGGAAGCUCUCCAUCAUCGUCGAGUACAUCGCCUGCAAGGUCACCUGGACCAUCCACCGGCAUAUCGCGCUCUACCGUCCCGACUCGCUCAUCGUCGGCACCCACGGCCAGCGGAGCGUCGUGUCCGCCUGGGCGGCGCGUUUGGGGCUUUGUGUUCUCGCCAACAAUAUUGAAUGCUGUUGUGCCUAG